CCCGAGGGAGCUUCAACAUUCGCAAUGUCUCGGUUAAGUUUGGUUCUCGUGAUCGCUUUGUUCGGUGCUUCAUACGCCCGAAUCCUUCCGGAUGAAUCUGCGGCGUGGUCAGGACGUAUUGUAGGAGGUUCGGAUGCCAUCGAAGGACAAUUUCCGUACCAGGUUUCGCUCCGCUCAGCAGCUGGCAACCACUUCUGCGGAGGAUCAAUCAUCAACGUCAACUGGGUUAUGUCUGCGGCACAUUGUACCGUGGGCAGAACUACAGCAAAUACGAUUGUGGUUGCAGGAUCGCUUCUCUUGAACGCCGGCGGUACGUCGCACCCUUCGGAGCGCAUCGUGAAUCAUCCUGCCUAUAGUUCACUGUCCUUGGCCAACGACAUCUCCCUGGUUCGUGUGUCAUCGCCUUUCGUUUUCACCGCAACCGUCGGUGCUGUUGAGUUGGAGUCUAGUUUUGUUGAAACCGCCGCCAGUGCCCAAGCUUCCGGUUGGGGUCAAACCUCGCAUCCAGGAUCGAUUCCAAAUCAUCUGCAGUGGGUCAACACUGACAUCAUCAGUCUGGCCGAUUGCCGUAGUCGCCAUAACGCGGUGAACGCAGCCCGUGUCCACGAUAACACGAUUUGUACGCUCGCUCCGGCCGGCAUCGGAAUGUGCAUGGGAGAUUCCGGUGGUCCACUGACGCACCAGGGCCGCCAGCAGGGUAUUGUGUCGUGGGGUAUUGCGUGCGCUCAGAACUUCCCGGAUGUUUUCGCACGCGUCUCUUCCCACCGCGAUUGGGUUUUGGAAAACACAAGCGACUGAACUUUGGUAACCGAGCAAUAGAAAUAUAUCUUUCUUUUACUGCACGUA